UUUUUUUCCGGUUUAAAAUAUUUAGAUUUUCUCUAUUUGGUUCUAUUACAAGAAAAGAUGGAGGAGAUUGGCUUGCAACCACAAGAGAAGGAGGAUUCAAUAUUGGUGGAGUCCCGUCCAGGGACAUCUCAAACGGCAAGUCAUCUAGAUCCUUUUGCUUCAGAUGUGGAAGAUCUGUAUGUCAAAUACAAAAAACUGCAAAGACAAUUAGAAUUCCUUGAGGUACAAGAAGAAUACAUCAAAGAUGAACAGAAGAAUCUAAAGAAGGAAUAUCUGCAUGCUCAGGAGGAAGUGAAGAGGAUCCAGAGUGUGCCUCUGGUCAUCGGUCAAUUCCUUGAAGCAGUGGACCAAAACACAGGCAUUGUUGGUUCUACUACAGGAUCAAAUUACUAUGUAAGAAUUUUGUCUACUAUUGAUCGAGAAUUGUUGAAGCCAUCUGCCAGUGUAGCUCUUCAUAAACACAGCAAUGCUCUAGUAGAUGUAUUACCACCUGAAGCUGACAGCAGCAUCACUAUGUUACAAGCUGAUGAGAAACCUGAUGUUCAGUACUCAGACAUUGGAGGAAUGGACAUCCAGAAGCAGGAAGUCAGGGAAGCAGUUGAGCUCCCCCUAACUCACUUUGACCUCUAUAAACAGAUUGGUAUAGACCCACCCAGAGGGGUUCUUAUGUAUGGUCCACCUGGCUGUGGCAAAACUAUGUUAGCAAAAGCUGUGGCUCAUCACACAACAGCUGCCUUUAUAAGAGUGGUGGGCUCAGAAUUUGUGCAGAAGUACUUAGGUGAGGGCCCUCGUAUGGUCAGAGAUGUGUUCAGGCUAGCCAAAGAAAAUGCCCCUGCUAUUAUAUUUAUAGAUGAAAUUGAUGCUAUAGCAACCAAAAGAUUUGAUGCUCAAACUGGAGCUGACAGAGAAGUACAAAGAAUUUUAUUAGAGUUACUCAACCAGAUGGACGGGUUUGACCAGACAGUCAAUGUUAAGGUUAUAAUGGCAACAAACAGAGCCGAUACUUUGGAUCCUGCACUCCUUCGACCAGGUCGAUUAGAUAGGAAGAUUGAAUUUCCUAUCCCUGAUCGUCGACAGAAAAGAUUAAUCUUCUCCACCAUUACCAGUAAAAUGAAUGUCAGUGAGGAGGUGGAUCUAGAAGAUUAUGUGGCCAGACCUGACAAGAUUAGUGGUGCAGAUAUCAAUGCUAUAUGUCAGGAGGCAGGAAUGCAGGCUGUCAGAGAAAACAGAUAUAUAGUGCUGGCAAAAGACUUUGAAAAGGGUUACAAAAACAACAUCAAGAAGGAUGAAACAGAACACGAGUUCUAUAAGUAACUUUGUGUGAUGGAAAGAAUUGCUGUAUUAUAUUAAAUAAAAUUUUCAAUGUGUA